UAAUAAUGCGCGCAUGCGCAGUAUUACUCGAUGACAAUUUCAGUUUACGAUACAGUGUGGGUAGUCUCGAAGAUUAGGUCACGUCGAGUAGGGUUGAAUAAAGUUGAAUUGGGUGGGUCGAACGUUACGACAUUGUAUACCACUGUGACAGACACAGCGGUGUUACAUUAACAAUACACAACAUUCUGUGUGGGUGUGGCACGAAGCUCAGAAAUUACUUGGGGUGCGGUUAAUACUGUGGGAUAACCGUCGAAUAAAUAAAUAGAUUCUCUUAGUCAGAGUUUCGUCGAGAAACAUCGUUUAAGAUCGAAGAGAAGUAAUAUAAAAUUAAGAAAAAGCAUAAGUUUGUAAGAGUCCGUCAUGAAGAAGAGAAGUUUAUCUGGAAAUAUAGGAAUAGGUGUGUUUUUAAUUGCGUUUAUAUGUGUAUGCAUAGCCUUUGGCACGCCCGCAUGGUUAGUGAGUGAUUAUCGAAUCACCAGUGCUCAACUCGAUAAGUUAGGUCUUUGGAGUCAUUGCUUCAGAUCUUUACCAAAUCCUCGUGAAGCAGAUGCACCGACUCGCUUUUUUGUUGGCUGCAGAUGGGUCUACGAUCCAUUCACGAAAGGUUAUUCAGAAAUUCGUGGUUUUCUAUUGCCUUCAUUCAUGAUAGCCACACAAUUCUUUUUUACGUUCUGUUUUUUGCUUAGUCUAAUAUCCUUUGUAUGUGUAUUAUUGUAUGCCUUGUGUUGCGAUCAAGAACAGAAACUAUAUGUAGAACUUAUCAGGCUCAUCGGGUACAUGGUAUUAGUUGGUGGCAUUAGCGGUUGCAUCGCCGUUAUUAUAUUUGCCUCUCUUGGAAAUGCAGAAGGAUGGAUGCCUGGUCAUACAAAUAACUAUCUGGGAUGGUCCUUUGCUUUAGGUGUAAUAGGCAGCGUACUCUUGCUUAUAGCAAGUGCUUUGAUUCACGUUGAAGCAAAUGUUCAACAGAAAAAGCGUAAAUAUAUUACAGAAUCUCAAACUAAAUUUCAACUUGAAUCUCGUACAUAAGUAAAACAUUAUAAGUGUUUUACUCUUAGAAAUAUAUAAAUAUUUUAUAUCUGUAAACUUUUCAAUAUGAUUCCGUCCAUUUAGAA